AGGGAUUGGCAGAGAGGGGUGGAGGCCAGUGGAGGGAUUGGCAGAGAGGGGUGGAGGACACUGAGUGGAGGCCAGUGGAGGGAUUGGCAGAGGGGGGUGGAGGCCAGUGGAGGGAUUGGCAGAGGGGGGUGGAGGACACUGAGUGGAGGCCAGUGGAGGGAUUGGAGGGGGGUGGAGGACAAUGAGUGGAGGCCAGUGGAGGGAUUGGCAGAGGGGGGUGGAGGACACUGAGUGGAGGCCAGUGGAGGGAAUGACAGAGGGGGGUGGAUGACACUCAGUGGAGGCCAGUGGAGGGAUUGGCAGAGAGUGGUAGCAGACACUGAACGGUUGGCAUGCAGGGAUGGGUUGAUAAUGGUGUUAUUGAUCCUGACCGAGAAAUCGG